UAGCUCAUUCGUGAAAAGAAAGAACCAAAAAACCCAUUCGAGUGGAAGGUGCAGUGGACAGGCAAUUAUCAUCGUCAGGCUAAGGCCAUUGUUCACUUGCUGGACAACACAGCUGUGCCUGCCCGCCUCCUCUAUCUCCAGGAGCAUUAUGAAUUUGCUAUUUAUAAGGUUCAAGUGGACAAGCCAGUUCAGUUGGCUACUUUUACCGAGUGUGUGCGUUCUGGUCAAGAUGUUUUCAGACUUGGGAGAGAUGAAAGUCUGAAUCUUAGUAUAACUCAUGGUAUGGUGGCUUAUAGGAUUCCAUCCUGGUAUGAGAGAUGUCACUAUAUGUAUUUGUCUUGUGAUCCAUCUAGUCCCUCACUGCUUCGUGAUGAUGGAGGACCCAUCAUUGAUUUAGAAGGGAAAGUUGUGGGUCUAGUUAACAACAAUAUUAAGGAGACAUUCAUAUCUUCGUUCUUAUUGCACAAGUGCUUGGAUUUUUGGAGAAGAUUCAAUUGUAUGCCUCGCCUCCAUCUUGGAAUGACGUUUACUUCAAUAAAACAUUUAGAUUCUAGCUGCAUUGAGAGAAUGACUCGUAAUCAUAACAUCGAGUCCGGUCUUAUUGUUGAGCAGGUGUCUAAAGGAUCACAUGCUGAGAAAAUUGGAAUUCGUGAGGGUGAUGUUAUUGAAAGCUUUAAUGGAAAGUACAUUUCUACUACAAUUGAGGUGUGUAUAUUUUCAUUCUUUCUCGCGCCCGACACCGCCAGGCUUCCCGUCUCCGCCUCGUCGUCGCCGUCGUCGCCCCGCGCCGUCCCGCGCUGCCCCAACGUCGUCCCGCGCCGCCCCGACGCCGUCGCUGCCCCCUGA